AAUGUCAAUAAAUAUUGCUAAAAAUCUAAAAUUAAAAGAAAUCAAAAUAACGGGAGCUAGGCUACACAGUUCGACCCAGAAGAAAGUCAGCUCAAUUCGAUCUGGCUCUGCCUGUAGAUCACGGUUCUUCUUCCCCGAAAAGAAACUACGGUGAACGAUGAGAGAGGGUAGAGAUCGUGUCAAGAAUGAUACAACUUCAAAACCCUCAUCAGUUGGUUCUAUUCCUCUCAUUCUUGACAUAGAUGACUUCAAGGGUGAUUUUUCAUUUGAUGAGUUAUUUGGGAAUUUGGUGAACAACCUCCUGCCUUCUUUUCUAGAAGACGAGGCAGAUUCAUCAGAAGGAGGCAGUGAUGUCCUGCCAAAUGGGCAUGUUCGAGCUCCAUCUGAUGUCACCAAAUAUUCUCAGGGGCUGCCUUCCCCAUUGUUUCCUGAAGUGGAUUCUCUGUUAUCCCUAUUCAAGGAUUCUUGCAGGGAAUUGGUUGAUCUUCGGAAACAGGUUGAUGGAAAGCUCUACAAUCUCAAGAAGGAGGUUUCUCUUCAGGAUUCAAAACAUCGCAAGACACUUGCUGAGCUGGAGAAAGGCGUAGAUGGCUUGUUUGAUAGUUUUGCAAGGUUGGAUUCACGGAUUUCAAGCGUUGGACAAACUGCUGCAAAAAUUGGAGAUCAUCUGCAGAGUGCAGAUGCUCAACGAGAAACUGCCAGUCAAACAAUAGAGCUCAUCAAGUACUUGAUGGAGUUUAAUGGCAGUCCAGGGGAUCUAAUGGAGCUUUCUCCUCUUUUUUCUGAUGAUAGCCGUGUGGCUGAAGCUGCUUCAAUUGCUCAAAAAUUGAGAUCAUUUGCUGAAGAAGAUAUGGGAAGACAAGGCAUUGCUUCACAGUCUGUUGUGGGAAAUGCAACUGCUAGCCGAGGAUUAGAAGUUGCUGUUGCUAAUCUUCAGGACUAUUGCAAUGAACUGGAAAACAGAUUGUUGGCUCGGUUUGAUGCAGCGUCACAGAGACGAGAGUUGUCUACUAUGUCAGAGUGUGCUAAAAUUUUAUCUCAGUUUAACAGGGGUACAAGUGCCAUGCAACAUUAUGUGGCAACACGCCCAAUGUUCAUUGAUGUGGAGGUCAUGAAUGCAGACACGAGGUUGGUCCUUGGUGAACAGGGUUCCCAGGCUAGUCCGAGCAAUGUUGCUCGUGGGCUUUCUUCAUUAUAUAAAGAAAUCACAGACACUGUUCGUAAAGAAGCAGCUACAAUUACUGCAGUUUUCCCUUCGCCCAAUGAUGUCAUGUCAAUCUUAGUCCAGCGAGUUUUGGAGCAGAGAGUAACAGCUCUUUUGGACAAAUUGUUGGUGAAGCCAUCCCUUGUGAGUCCACCUCUCAUGAAAGAAGGUGGGCUUCUUUUGUUUCUCAGAAUGCUAGCAGUUGCAUAUGAGAAGACUCAGGAACUUGCUCGAGACUUGCGAGCUGUGGGUUGCGGUGACCUGGAUGUUGAUGGUCUCACGGAGUCUCUUUUUUCUUCCCAUAAGGAAGAAUACCCUGAACAUGAGCAGGCUUCUCUUAGACAACUCUAUCAAGCAAAGAUGGAAGAACUGCGUGCUGAAAGCCAGCAGCUUUCUGAGUCAAGUGGGACAAUUGGCCGCUCAAAAGGAGCUUCAGUAGCAUCUUCGCAUCAACAGAUCUCUGUUACGGUUGUGACAGAGUUUGUUCGUUGGAAUGAGGAAGCAAUAUCAAGAUGCACUUUGUUUUCAUCUCAACCUACUACUCUGGCACCCAAUGUAAAAUCUGUGUUCACUUGCUUACUAGACCAAGUUAGUCAAUAUCUUACAGAAGGCCUCGAAAGGGCUAGAGACAGCCUAACUGAAGCUGCAGCUCUAAGGGAAAGGUUUGUGCUGGGAACAAGUGUCAGUAGAAGGGUGGCUGCUGCAGCUGCUUCUGCUGCAGAAGCAGCGGCUGCUGCUGGUGAAAGCAGUUUUCGAUCUUUUAUGGUUGCUGUACAACGUUGUGGUAGUAGUGUGGCUAUUGUUCAGCAAUACUUUGCAAAUUCUAUAUCUCGCCUCUUGUUACCUGUUGACGGUGCACAUGCUGCUUCAUGUGAAGAAAUGGCAACAGCCAUGUCCAGUGCAGAGGGGGCUGCUUAUAAGGGCCUCCAACAGUGCAUUGAAACUGUGAUGGCUGAGGUGGAACGACUGCUUUCAGCUGAACAAAAAGCAACAGAUUAUAGGUCGCCUGAUGACGGAAUUGCUCCUGAUCAUCGUCCAACAAAUGCCUGCACAAGGGUUGUUGCGUAUCUCUCCCGUGUUCUUGAGGCUGCAUUUACAGCAUUAGAAGGUCUUAACAAACAAGCAUUCCUGACUGAAUUGGGAAACCGCUUGCACAAAGGGCUACUUAAUCACUGGCAGAAGUUCACCUUUAAUCCAAGUGGAGGACUUCGGCUGAAGCGUGACAUUACAGAAUACGAAGAAUUUGUCCGCAGUUUUAAUGCUCCUUCUGUUGAUGAGAAUUUUGAAUUGUUGGGCAUAGUGGCCAACGUCUUUAUUGUAGCUCCUGAAAGCCUUUCUAGCUUGUUUGAGGGUACACCAAGUAUACGGAAAGAUGCACAAAGGUUUAUUCAACUUAGAGAGGACUACAAAAGUGCAAAACUUGCGUCUAGACUUAGCUCCUUGUGGACAAGCUGAAGUUGAUAAAGACGUCGAAGUUCACUGGAAUAUUACUCCAUACAGUUGCUAAGGUGAGGAGGUGACAGCCCAGACUGGAUUAUUUGGGCAAGACCAUGGCCAAGUUAGUGAAAUCAGCUGAGAAUUUAAGUUUACUAGUUGGUUAUUACAGGACUGACGUUAUUUCAUUGGUUUGCAAACUAGGACUGCUAGAGUUUGUACUGGAUAUAUUUGUUCUUUUACACAAUGCCUUUGGCUGGCGUCUCCAUAUGUUGCUCGUUCAUGUGUUUUUCCCAGAUUGAAUUUUGUAUCGAUGUGAGUUUUCAAUUUUUAGAUUGGAUUUUCUAUUACUAAAUGCUUAUGAAGAGCUGACUUGACU